AGUCGAUCGAUCGAUUGAUGAAUCGGCCAGAGCCAGGCCUGGCUAUGCCAGGCUUUGCCAUGGCCGCAGCCCCGAUGGAAGGCAGGCCGGUUGCGAGUCGGACAACCGGCGCUGUUGCAGAGCCGGAUCGGGAGAGACGGCGUGGUCGGGACCAGGUGGAGCCCGAAUUCACCCACCUCCAGCCUCGCACAACGCCGGCUUGGGCCAGGGCGUCGUCGCCAGGGCCAUCCGGCAGCUCCCUCGACCAGCCCCUGUCUGGUCUUUUGGACCACAGCCUCGUCGCCCAUCGCCCAUCGCCCAUCGCCCAUCGCCCAUCGCCCGAUUGCUGCUAGAGAAUGAUAUCUCUCUUCAAGACGAUUGGCGCCAAGGUACCGCUGUGGGCCAAGAGCACCCCGCUGGACUUGAAGCGCUGGCGAGCGAGCAUCUCAGAUCUGCACGAAACCAUUGCAAGCGAGUCCCAGGACGCCAGCCAGAGCCCGCACACCACGACCGAAGCUGUCGUCAGGACCGACAACGCCAUCGGGGAGGACGAGCUUGUCUUUCAGCAGAGCCGACUCAGGGCCAUCAAGGACAGCUUCUGCCGCUAUCUGGAUAUUCCUGUGAGCGAGGUGGAGCUCGAAGACAUACCGGUCAUUGCCGCCUCGGUCAGCGGUGGAGGAUUCCGGUCUGUCGUGGCCACAGCAGCCUUCAUCGAAACCCUCAAUGCAGAGGGACUGUACGACUCCCUGAUGUAUCUGGCAGGAGUCAGCGGCGGAUGCUGGGGUCUCAGCUUCCUCUACGUGGCCGACUGUUCGCCGAGCAAUAUCAACGAAGCAGUCCAAAAGGUGCUGACGCGCUGGCUUACACCGCUGGUCUGCUUUGGGGCGUCCGGCGAGGCCAUACCGCCGUUUGUCUAUGAUUUCUACGGUGCGCUCGAGAUCAAGAGGCUCUCGGGACAGAAGCUGGACGCCGUCGACUUUUACUCGGUCCUGCUGGACUGCAUCCUGUUUGGCACCGUCAAGACCCCGGAAUGGGACCGUCGGCGGCUCAAGUUCAGCUACUAUGCCGAGCUCUGUCGGAGCGGACAGAUGCCGCUUCCGUUGUUCUAUGCCAUCCACAUCGAUCGGCCUUGGGAGCCCGGGUUCUCCGACGACUGGACCAAAGCCGACCGCGCGGCCUACAUUACCAUCGUCGAAGAGAGCGGCCAAGCCGCGCGAUACAACUGGAUGGAGUUCUCGCCUUUUGAGAUCGGGGCUGUGGAUUUCUCAGCCUGGAUCCCAACUUGGUCCUUUGGGCGCCGAUUCAUUGAUGGACGCUCUGUUCCGGCCCUGGGAUCUGCUAACGUCAUGGAGCAGAAUCUGUCGUUGAUUCUUGGCAUCGUUGGGAGCGCCUUGAGCACUACCUGGGGCAAAACUCUGAAGCAGCUUCUCGGAAAGCUAAGCUUUCUGCCAGAAAGCUAUCGAAGCGAACUCCGUGCGUCCAUCGAGCGUGCCGAAAGCACCAAGGCCGGAGAGGUGCUCUAUGAUGCGACGCUGCCUCCGGGGAAAAUAUGGAAUAUGGCAUACCAGUCGCAGGCAAACACUCCCAAGCCGCAGCCAGGAGUGCAAUUUGAUGCCACGAUUGAGCUACUCGAUGCAGGCACCGACCGAAACCUCCCCUUGGAUGUCCUGACUCGGGCCGGUCGUAAUGUCGACAUAUUCCUGGCGCUCGACACAAGCUCCUACGUCAUCAGCAACGGCUUCCCUGGCUCCCUCCAUAGCUUUGCACAGCAGCACGGAUAUCUUCCCCCACCCACCAAGCAGAGGCAGGGUCGCCCCGAUUUUGAAAUCACUCAGCUCGUGCCUGCCUCGGCUGAUACAGCUGCAGCACAAUCGCCAGUCAGUAUUGUCUACAUUCCAGUCGCCAAGUUUGAUGAUAACCCGUUCGACCCGAUGACCGUCGGCGAUGGCGAGUACUCCAUGUCCAAGCAAAAGUACGAUGCGCUCGCCCAGAACGUCUCGCGACGGCUCAGCUCCAACGCUUCGGCAAUCAAGCAAAGCAUCCGCGAGUGCUACGAACGAAAGAAGCAGGCUCGUCUGGCUCGGGUUGGCGGCUAAGCUCUUGGGCCGCAUAGCAGCUUGCUGAAAGUGGGCGCAUGCAUCGCCAAACGAAACAGUGGCUAUGGUGCAGCAAUAUUAUAAAGCAACUAUGAUAUAUGACAUGGGUGGCCAAGAGUCGUGGGCUGACCGCAAGUUGGCGCAUAGUCACAGUCUCUGAUGCACAAGCCAAUCCCUGUCCAGCACAUGUCCAAGAGAUACGGGACUGUGUCGAAGAUCAGAAAAUAAAGGCUGCGGCCAGUGGAUGAAUG